GUGUGACCGUGCAGCAGGCUCAAUAUGGCGGCCUCCAUAGAGCGCCUUGUGCAUAGAGUAGGCGAGGGGCAGCGACCGACUGCUUUGGUCGUUUUUUCUAUGGUGCUGCUCCGCUGCCUUCUGGGAGUUCAGGGUCACGCCGUAGCUUGGUAAGUGCUCAAACCAGAGGAGAAGCCUUUCCACCUCUAAGUAUCCUGUGGGCGCCGGGGCGAGAGUUUCCGGCUCUUCCCACCCCCGCCGCAUUUAGCUAAUCUUUAGCUGUGCUUGUACGUGAAGGAAACUCAGGUGAUACGAGGGCCGAAGAGAUCAAACUGAUAAUACCCGGGCUGAUGUCCCGUUGAACAAGUAACACUGCUUGCAAGGUAGUAGAACAAGGAGAGGAUUUUGGAAUAGCACCGUAUUCCCCGAGUGUUUUUUUUUGGUUUGUUUCAGGGUAGAGAUUCUAUAUGCAUACGCAUACAAGUCCCUGCAGAGAACUUUUUUAAUUUGGGAGAGCCUUAACAAAAUGCUUUCAUUCGUCUUAUCCUGCCACAUCAGUACUUCCCCAUCUUAUCACAUUUGUGGAUCUGGCGGCUGUGUGCAGGAAGCUCUCCAGUUUUCUCAAACAAUCUUCUUUGUAACUAAAUUAGUUCUGUUCUAGAACUUGGUGGUAGUUUUGUCAGGCGGAAAUGGGGGAGUGAGACUGACUAGGACGGUUGCUUUUCAUUUCCUCUGUUCCAGUUGCUUUAACACAGAGAUUGAGUGAAGUUUUUCCAGUGGUGGAGAAAACUCUGGGCACCUUAAUUUCUGGCUCUCAGGCUGCAUUAAAAGACACGUGAGUGGGGGCAGUAGUUUUCUUAAAUCCACUGAGUGUUCCUCCAUCUUCUUACACAAUGUGGGUUUCCUUAGGAUCUAGUUUAACUGCCUACUUACAGAUGUUCAGCCCUCAAAGUGUGCUUCCUCAUCCAAGCACAAGCCUGAUCUUGCCUGUCACCCUUUUGAUUUCUGACCUGCUUAGUGGCACUUGUUUGCAGUCCCUUGAGUCAGAGUUUCUUCUUUGGUCAGCCCCUCCCCUGGCCUAUUUAGCUGUAUGUAAAAUGACAGGCAUGGGAAAAGAGCAAACUUAGGGUGUUUAUUAAAGGUAAAGGGACCCCUGACCAUUAGGUCCACUCGUGACCGACUCUGGGGUUGCAGCGCUCAUCUCGCUUUAUUGGCCGAGGGAGCUGGCGUACAGCUUCCGGGUCAUGUGGCCAGCAUGACCAAGCCGCUUCCGGCGAACCAGAGCAGCGCACGGAAAUGCCGUUUACCUUCCCGCUGGAGCGGUACCUAUUUAUCUACUUGCACUUUAAUGUGCUUUCGAACUGCUAGAUUGGCAGGAGCAGGGACCAAGCAACGGGAGCUCACCCUUCGCAGGGAUUCGAACCGCCAACUUUCUGAUCAGCAAGUCCUGGGCUCUGUGGUUUAACCCACAGCGCCACCCAUGUCCCUUAAUGUGUUUAUUACCUGAGCAUUAAUGGAACGGCUUUUAAUGGCUCAUUAGAGCUGCUUGUGGUGAAAUAGAGGCGUUGUCUCAGAAAGAUCUUCACUCCAUGUAGGUGGAGAGGUGGUGUUUCCUAAUGGAUACCAGUCUUAUAACAGAUGGCCUUUCUUCCACCCAAAUAUACUCCAAGUUCUAAAUGCCUUCCUCAGUGCAUCCUAUGAUAAUUCAAAAAAGUAAUCUAGAAUUUAAGAUUUCACAGAAUAAUAACAUUAUGAGGCUUGCAUAGUUUGGAGGUGAUAUCUAGCUAGCAGGAGGUCCCACUCUGCAACUUUAUUUGUAAUUCAAUGCUUUUCAGUUAAAGGGGUAGUAACACUGAGGACACCAGCUAUCAGUCCAUAUUUAAUUAUAUGGGUUUUGCAUUUCUUGGCCCAGCUUUGUACAGAUUUAUUAGAAAUUUGCUCCAAAUAACAUUUUGGGGUCAACCUUGUAUCCGACAUAUGUUGUAAGGAAGCAAGGUGGUGCAAACGAUUUGACAGGGCAAGCUAGUGAGACUGAACCUGUAUGAUUCACAUUGGAAACUUGCAAAAUUUCAGGAAUUCAUUGAACGAUGACCUGUUACCACCGUAUCUUCCACCUCGACACGGUCCGCGGCAUCACCAUCGGUACGUUCGGGACUGUCAAGCUCUCCGCCACGGCAACACAACACAUGAAUCCUGGCCUAGCAAUAACAGCACUGUCUUUCCACUGACCGUCACAAGCAUCUUCAUCUCUGACAUCCCUCCAAAGGGUCAGAAUAGUCGACAUGUCUAUGGCCAUCUCACUACAGUGAGGGACCCCCUGAGGACGUUCUCUGUGCUGGAGCCUGGUGGGCCAGGGGGCUGCCGUAAACGCAGCCGAGCAACGGUGGAAGAGACUGCCAGGCAUGGCAAGUGCCUUGUGGCCCAGAAUGGGGGGUACUUCAACACGAAAACUGGAGAGUGCCUUGGGAAUGUUGUGAGCGAUGGGCAUCUCAUCCAGUCCUCCGGAGGGAUUCAGAAUGCUCAUUUUGGCAUCCGGAAGGAUGGCACUCUAGUCUUUGGGUAAGGAAUCAGCAACUCUUCCUUUUAAACCAGGUGUUGGGAGCUGGAAAUCACAUAGUACCUGUCAGGCCAUUGGGCCAUCUGGCUUAGCAUGGUCAACACUGACUGGCAGUGACUUUCUACGAUUUCUGAAAUCCUAGAAAGCAGGGGAGAUACCAUGAUCACAGACUUGGAGUUUGGAAGGGACUACGAGGGUCAUGCAGUUCAACCCCCUGCAAUGCAGGAAACUUCCACCCAGUGUGGGUCUCAACCCACAACCCUGAGAUUACAAGUCUCAUGCUCUUCCACCUGAGCUAUCCCUUGGAUCAUGGUAAACUGUGAACUUGGAAGGGACAUUGGUGGCCACACUUAGCUCAACCCACUCUUCAGGGCUGGCUUUGCAGUGCAGAGUGUACUGCAGCAUCCCUGAUGGAGAGCCAUUCAGCUUCUGCCUCAUAGGAGAGCUCUACCACCUCCUGAGAUAGCCUGAUCCACUGGCCAUUAAAGCAGUAUUGUACCACAGUCAAGGCUUUUGCCAGAGGAUCCUGGGAAGUGUGGUUUGCGAAAGAUGCUGAAAGCAGAUCCCUAUUCCCAUCACAGAGCUACAAUUCUCAGAGAGGAAUUGUCCUUUAAAUAUUUUCAAAUGCCGCUCCCUCCUUAUAACAUGGCUCCUCUGUUGUCUUUUCCAGCUACCUCUCUGAGGAGGAUGUGUUGGCUAAAGACAAUCCCUUUGUGCAGCUUGUGAGUGGGGUGGGGUGGCUCUUGCGAGAUGGGGAGGUCUACGUGAAUCAGAGUCGGGCGGUGGAAUGUGACGAGACGCAGGAAACAGGUAAAUGUGGGGAGGGGGCCUGUUCCUUUUGUCUGCCUGAUGCACUGGAUGGUCAGAAGGGGAGGAGGAGCGAUAACAGGGGGCGUGUAUUGAUCUGUCCAUAAUGGGAAGCACCCACAAGGCUUGGUAGCCACCCAAGACUGGAGAGGAACUGAUGUGUCUUGCAUCUUUUCCUUCAGUCCACUGCCUUUCUGUGCCCCCCCCCCCGCCAUGCUUUCUGUGCUGUUAGGUGGGUGAAGAGCUAUGGGAUUCACUUGGUUCCUCUGGUGAGUAAGGCUUGGGCAGGGGAAGAACAUGUUCCAUGAAGGUCCUGGCAUGACCUAGCAAGCUCUAGACCACCCCAGGCUCAGCAGGCUCAAGGCCAAGGCUGUCCAUGGCCCUAAUGGAAAAAUUAAGAUAUAAGAUGUAAGCAUUAGGAAAAGGUAAUCAAAAAGACAAGUGGUGAUUUGUGGUACUGUUUAAUUGAAUUUGUAUGCAACAAAGAAAACCAUUUUGCACCUCCUCAAACACACCGGUGACUUGUGGUUAAUGGACUGCAGCUAAUCGUAUUAAUUUUUAUUUCCUUCCCAGAACCAGAUAUCUGGUUUUUUUAAUGUUCUUUCAUUAUAAUCACCAUGCCCACGCUUCAGCGAAACUGAAUUCUUGUAUUCUCUCUUCAAAUGAUUCAUUACAUUUAUGUUUCUUGUCUGUAUGCUCAUGAAAAUUAAAUACAUAUUGUCAGGGAACUGCCAUCGGACGGAAGGGAGGUGAAAGGGCUCACACAGGUUGGGAGAGACGCAGCAGCUGAAGAGGGAACCAGCAGGGAGGUGAAAGGGCUCACACAGGUUGGGAGAGACGCAGCAGCUGAAGAGGGAACCAGCAGGGAGGUGAAAGGGCUCACACAGGUUGGGAGAGACGCAGCAGCUGAAGAGGGAACCAGCAGGGGAGAGGAGCUGAGCUGGAGGGAUGGCUCAGAGACACUUCCAGCGAAAACAGUGGGGAGGUUUCAGGACCUCCUGUAAGAACACCCACUCCUCGCCGGAAACUGUCACGCAGAGAUUCCAGAAGACGUGUUUCCGUUAAGGAGCUUUUAUGUUGGAAGCGAUCACGAAAGCAACCACUGUCGGAAUCUGCUAGUGACUAGAGGAGACAUGUCUGAGGGGCUCCGUCACAGACAGAGGUUUGUGGACUUGAACAAACUCUGAGGGGAUACGAUUUUACGCACAAGCAGCUCAUCAUCCCAUCACACAUAUGUUUAUAUAUGGCAAAACAAAAGACCAGAGCUGUGAUGGUACCCAGCUUAAAGCAGACAGUAUUUAAGAAAACAAAACAUGCUUACACCAUUCUGCUGCAAGGAGAGGUUUUGCCCUGUGAUUUGUUUUUUUAAAAAAAACAUUCUUGUAGCAGAGUGAUUAUGUUUCUCAGCUAUUUGUACUCUGUCUCUCUUUCUCCCCACCCCUUUGUGGUAGGUACGUUUGACAAGUUCAUCAAUACUGUGUCUGCCAGGACAGCCGUGGGGCAUGACAGGCAAGGACAGCUGGUGUUGGCGCACUUUGAUGGGCAGACACAUACAAGGGGGUAAGUCUGAUUAGUUUUUGAAGUCAUUCCUCCUAGUGGGGUAGGUGAUCCAUGCCUCAGAUUGAGCUCUGCUUGGAGGGCCUCUUUGUCUCCUUGAUGUGUUGUGGGUCAGUUUUGCUUUUUUUAUUUAAGUAACAAUUCAGGAUAGGGACACAGGUGGCGCUGUGGGUAAAACCUCAGCGCUUAGGACUUGCCGAUCGCAUGGUCGGCGGUUCGAAUCCCCGCGGUGGGGUGCGCUCCCGUCAUUCGGUCCCAGCGCCUGCCAACCUAGCAGUUCGAAAGCACCCCCGGGUGCAAGUAGAUAAAUAGGGACCGCUUACCAGCGGGAAGGUAAACAGCGUUCCGUGUGCUGCGCUGGCUCGCCAGAUGCAGCUUGUCACGCUGGCCACAUGACCCGGAAAUGUCUGCGGACAGCACUGGCUCCUGGCCUAUAGAGUGAGAUGAGCGCACAACCCUAGAGUCUGGCAAGACUGGCCCGCAUGGGCAGGGGUACCUUUACCUUUACUUAACAAUUCAGGAGAAAAGUUAAAUAAGGAAUCCAACUGUAGGUGCUAGCAUUUAACAUGUAGGUGUCUGAGGAAUUUCCAUCCUAUGACUCAACAAAGAGUGAUGAGAUUUGGGCAUAACACUAAGCCAUGGUUCAAUAAACCAUGGUGUAGGGACACUUGGUUCUGGUUUGUUUAGCAAACUAAUUAUUAUUAUUAUUAUUAUUAUUAUUGUUAUUGUUAUUAUUAUUUAUUUAUACCCUGCCCAUCUGGCUGGGUUUCCCCAGCCACUCUGGGUGGCUUCCAACAAAACACUAAAAUACAAUAACCUAAGGCUUAAGCAAUCCUGGAGGACUUAGUGUCAUGUACGAACCAGGCCUGCCUAGCACUAGACAAGUAUUAUUCUGUAAUGUAUCCCGGUUUGCCCAUAACGCUAAGAGGUUGGUUUGCAAACCUUAGUUUAUGUUAAGUGCAAUAAACAAUGGCUUACAGGCUAAGGCACUGGGGCAGGUUCAGAUGAUUAAAUUAAACCAUGGUUUAGUUAACCAGGCCUAUAUGAAAGAGCCUUCUUUUUUUAAUGACCUGAAUUGACCCUCAUCUUAAAGAAAGCAGAGCCAGGUUUGGAAGGUUGGUUACUGUGGUACGUGAAUUCUCUCUCACAUGAAAAUAUAUGGUUGUCCCCACCAACCCAACCCUCAAGCUGUUAUCUUGUCUGUGCUACAGUAAUCGCUGGUUCUCUUUUCAGGGCUGCCCUAAGACUUCUCACUGCCUGAGGCAGAUGGUGAAGUCUUGUACAGAAGCCUAGCAUACAAACAGUUUAAUCUUGCAUUGACACUGUUAAUGUGCCAGAACAUUCCACUACACACAAGGACCACAGGCUAGCGUGGCCGGGAACAGAGCAUGCCACAUGGCUCUUCCAGCCCUAACACUUAACUUUCGCUCCCUUCUCUCCAGCAUUUGCCUCCUUCCUCCGCCUAAGGAUAGGGCCGGCCCUUACUCUUCUUCCGCCUAUGCAAGGCAUCUUCUCACAGCUAUCCCCUUAAUCGUUUGCACAGCCUCAGCCUUUGGGAUAUGGCUGAUUUCCUGAAGCAGCAAGGCGUCGUCAAUGCCAUCAACUUGGACGGCGGAGGGUCUGCAACCCUGGUCUUGAAUGGAACGCUUGCUAGUUACCCUUCAGAUCACUGGUAGGUGCUGUCGCUGUUUGGUAAAGGGGAGCUCGACCCUGUACUCGUGGACAAUGCAGAAAGAGCCCCCUGCUGUCACACUUCUGGUCCUGAAGUGGCCAGGCUAUGUUUGGGGGGUGAGACAGUUUUCUGUGGGUCUGCAUCAGUGUCAAAUGAAUUUACUACAGCUGAGAAACCUCGCUGCUUCUCCCAGCUUUAAAGAAGUGCCAGGAUGUGUACUAGGGCUUGGCUUGGCUGCUGUUGUUUUUCUUUUGGUGUAAUCAGUAUUUCUUUCUCCCCAGCGAACCUUACCCCAUGUGGCGCUGCCCUCGGCAGGUUUCGACUAUCCUGUGUGUCCACGAACCUGCCUGCCAGCCUCCGGACUGCAGUGGGCAUGGGCACUGCGUCCUUGGGGAAUGUCAGUGCGAUGGAGCUCUCUGGAAAGGACCAGCAUGCGAUGUCUUGGACUGCGGCCCUUCCAACUGCACCCUGCAUGGAAUCUGUACAGAAGGCAAGGCCACGUAGGCUGGGAGAGGUGUGAGCAUGUGGGUCAGGUAGAACAGGUGCUCGGCCUCCAAGUCAGGGCUGCUAUAGAGAUGGGGCUCUCAGAAGCACAUCACUUGUAGCAAGUAAAGGUAAAGGUAAAGGUAAAGAGACCCCUGACCAUUAGGUCCAGUUGUGGCCGACUCUGGGGUUGUGGCGCUCAUCUCACUUUAUUGGCCGAGGGAGCGGGUCAUGUGGCCAGCAUGACUAAGCUGCUUCUGGCGAACCGGAGCAGCGCACGGAAACGCCGUUUACCUUCCCACUGGAGCGGUACCUAUUGAUCUACUUGCACUUUGACAUGCUUUCGAACUGCUAGAUUGGCAGGAGCAGGGACCGAGCAGCCGGAGCUCACCCCAUCGUGGGGAUUCGAACCGCCGACCUUCUGAUCGGCAAGUCUUAGGCUCUGUGGUUUAACCCACAGCUCCACCCACGUCCCUACAGCACCCUUGAUUUAGAGGCUGCCUAUAGAAUUAGGGUUCUAGAAAGCACAUUGCUAUUAACAAGUGGGACUCCUGCUGAGACUGGGCAAAUUGGGGUUUUUAAAAACCCUUGGAUAUAUAGCAGGGGAUGUUUUUUUACUCCUCUUUUUCUUUUGGUUAAAGGCAGCCUCAGACUAACCUGUUCUGAUUUGUUAGGAUGCUGGCUCUACCAUUGGGCAGAGUGAGGCAACUUCUUGGUAUCCAGCGUAGGAGCAGUGGUGGCAGUUUCCCACCUACUCCUACUGAAUCCCUCAUCUUGGAGGACAGAGCUGUGUUUGCUCCCCAGGCUCCCCCUCGCCCCCUAAACUGGCCUUUGGCUUUUAACUCUCUGUUUCCUUUUUGUUUUGGUUUAGUCUGCUUGUUUUUAAAUAGAACUGUCUUUUAGACUUGUUAAUGCUGUUUUAAUGUAUUUACGUGUUUGUUACUUUCUUCAAAUAUUUUCAGUUGCUUUGAGUUGUCACUGAAAAAUAAGGUGACUAACUUAAUAACAAUAUUCCCCAAAUGUCCUCCAUUUCCCCUUGGCCGUGGCUUAUCUGAAAAUCCCACGUUCUGCCCUGAAUUCCCUCCUUUGCCGGCACUGGUGUCUCUAUUCCCGGUUGUGCCACAACUUACCUCUCUGUGCCCUCACUGCUCCAAAAUCACAUCCAUUUCUUCUUUCCCCCUUUAUUGCAGAGGGAUGUCUUUGUGAUGCUGGCUGGCAGAGCCCCAACUGCAGUGAAGGUAGCUGGAUUUCCUCCCUAACAAUCCUUCCUUUGUAUAGUUGUGUGUUUGUGUGAAUAUUUAUUUAUUGCAUCAGUUUGUAACUUGGGAAACCAAUUGCAAAAGUUAGGGCAGCGUUUGCCAACCUAGUGCCCUCCAGUGGUCUUGGACCGCAAGUUCCAUCGGCCCCAGCCAUCGUGGGGCAGAGUAUAAACUCAAACAAAACAAAACAAACUUUUCACCCUUUGGCCAAAUAAUAAGCUGAAUUGUUACAGUCCUUGAAAAUAUGCUGCAGUUGAUUGAACUGGCAGUAGCUGUUUUUCUCCGGUUUUAUUGAUUUUAUUGCCUUGUUCUUCUUUUAUUGCUUUACUUUGUGUUCCUUGCUCCAAGCAUUCUUUGGUCAGGAUAGAAAUUGACUACGGUAAAUAUAUAUUUCCAGGGCAACUUACAUCGUGAUUGACUUUUCUGUUUUGACUUUGCUACAUGUAUUGGGGGGGAGGCACUUUUGGUGGCCUGCAUUGUGGCCACCAAAUGCCGAGUUUUUAUUAUUAUUAUUGUGAUUUAUUCCAAAAGAAGGACGAGCUUAUGCAAACUGCAGAAACAACAUGGGCUGCAUUUUCUGUCCUGGGACAGAUGUAGGGGAUGGAGAGAUCCACAGCUGCCCGCUUAUCCAGCUUACUCAUGUCCAUGCAAGGUCCUUACCAUCUGUGUCACCAGGCUAGUGCUUAAAUGCAAGGUUGGAAUAACUGUGUGUGUUUGACCCUUCGUAGCAGGGAAAGCCAGCAGGUGUUCUCUGGCUGUUCUUGUUGUUGGACUCCAGAUCCCAUCAGCCCCAGCAAAUGCGGCUUGUGGCCAGGCAUGAUGGGAGCUGUAGUCUAGCAACAUUUGGAGGCUGCCACGUUGUCUAUCCCUGCUUUACAAGGGAGGGGAGCAGCUCACUGGUAGAACAUGUGCUUGGAAUGCAGAAGGGUCCCAGGUUCAAUCCUUGCAUUGUAUCAAUUGUCGGUAUAUAAAUACAUCUAUAAAUAAAAAAUCCUGGCGUCUGUGGGGAAGGCUGGGCAAGUCGGUCAUUCUGAAAGCAUGGAAGCUGCUGCCAAUCAGUGCAGACAGUACUGAACCAAUUGAACAAAUAGUCUACUUUGGUAUAAUGCAGUUAUAUUGGGGCUUCCCUUGCUCUUGACCUGGAAGCUGCAGGCAAAGCAGAAUGCUGCUGCACAGCUGCCCAUGGGACUGACACCCCACCAGCAUAUAGCACCUCUGCUUAAAGAUCUGCACUGGCUUCCUACCAGGCCAAGUUCAAUUGGUUUCUUACUGUUAGUAUAUAAAGCCCUUAAGAGCUUGGGAGCAAUUUACCUGCGAGAUCGCUUUGCCAUAUAUAAGCCCAAUUGACUGCUCUGAACUGGCCCCGUUAAAAGUGCCACAUAAUAUUUUUUCAGCAUUUGUAAGAAAUCAGCGUUUUAGCGUUUAACCUUCGCUUUGGCUCACACUAUUGACACCAGGCAGAGUACUUACAGCGAAGGCACCUUUCUGGCGCCUACUAAAAACAUUUUUGUUUAGCCAAGCCUACCCACACCUGUGGAAUGCUGGCAUGUGUUUUCAUUAGGCUAUUAGCUUAUUUCUGAAGGUUUUGAAUUGGUUUUUAAUUGAUAAUUUUAUUGCUUUAUUCUUUUUUUGUUAAGGAUUUCAGGUUGUUUUCUUUUUGUCGGAUGAAGCGCUAUAUAUAAUUUUUGCGAAGCAAAUAAACAGUAAAUAUAUAUUCCUUGCCACCCAAAGUCCUGAUGGUGUUUUGCAUGUGGUCUCCUCCUUCCCUCUCUCUCUCUCCUGCCAUAGCCUGUGCUCCUGGUUCCUAUGGGGACGGCUGCCUUCAGAAGUGCCUCUGCCUCAAUGGUGGUGCCUGUGACCCUGUCCACGGAACUUGCAAUUGCUCAGCUGGCUACCAAGGCACGCAUUGUGAAGAAGGUGAGAGAUUUGUUUAUUUUAACUUGGCUGUGGUGAUAACGUAUUUGCUCUACUCCCUUCUUGCUGAGUUAAACAGCACUGUCUGCACCUGGUACUUGUGACUGUCACUGCUCCCCUCCCAGCCUUUAUAAUUCCUUAACGUGGGGAGGCAUGCUUUGGGCUCCAAAGAAAUUGGGACAGCCGGAAGACUGUAAGCAGCGAAGAAAUGGGCGAGUUAGCUGACAGGAGAGGCUCAGUGGAGCCAGCUAGUGGAUGAAGAAUGUCCAACCUUUCCACAUCUUCUUUGUUUGCAUCACAGAUUCUACACACAGUGCACAGUUAAACUGUGGAACUCACAGCCACAGGAGGCAGUGAUGACCACUAACAUGAAUGGAUUGGACAAAUUCAUGGUUAUUAGCCACAAUGGCUUGGUUCUGCUUCCACAGUCGGGGUAUUCAUGCUUCUGAAUACCAGGUGCCAGAAACCACAGGAGAAGAGCACGCAUGUCCUGCUUUCUGGUGUCCCCACAGGUAUCUGGUUAGCCUCUGUAAGAACAGCUUGUUCUGAGCAAAGGCAGAAGGGCUUUGUAAGCCUUGGCAAUCAGCUGCUCAUCCAUGCCUGAAAACCCUGCUGUAAGACAGAGAGCCAGGCCUGAUUCUGCCAUGUUUCCCUGGCCUGCUUGCUGUUGUGUAACCCCCAACUUGUCUUCCCUGGGAUUGUUUUCUCAGCCUGCCCCAGCGGAUGGUACGGGCCAAACUGCCAGGAUGCCUGUUCCUGCCCAAACCAGCGUCCUUGUGAUCGGAAGACGGGCAGUUGCAACGUUUCUGCUGAAUGCCCCCCGCCUGACGACGUAGACAGAGGUAGGUGGCUCAGGGCCUCGUGACUCAGGAGGAGACACAGCCUGAGCUUUUCUUUCAGAAGGUUUGGCCCUUGGCCUUUUUGCUUCCUGUUUAAAAGGGUCCUGGAAAGAUAGGAAGAGGCCUUAUUUAGACUCUAGCUCAUUGGCCUACCAAUCUCAGUAUUGUCUUCCCUGACUGGCAGCUGCUCUCCAGGGCUUCGGGCAGGGAUCUCUCUCCUGUUGUGGAGGGGGCUGACUAAAAAUCAGCCCUCCUGCCAGGGAAAUAUCUCCUCACUCAUAUAUAUAUGAGGCAAAGCUUUAAUAGUAGAAAAGUGUAACAUGCUGACUGAGAGAAACAAAACAUAUUGAGGCAAGUGACAGGUAGCCUUUUUUAAACAGCCAACCUGAGGAAAGGGGCCAAUUCUAAAGUACAGCAUAAAGGCCCCGCUCACUAGAGGCCAGGUAUUCUAUUGAUCAAAUUAGGCCUCAGUGCUUUUCCACACCUUAGCCCAGGCAUAGGCAGCCUCGGCCCUCCAGAUGUUUUGAGACUACAGUUCCCAUCAUCCCUGACCACUGGUCUGGUUAGCUAGGGAUGAUGGGAGUUGUAGUCCCAAAACAUGCUGGAGAGUGAACCUGGAAGCUUCUGUAUGUGAGGCUGUUGCUCUGCCUGAGCCAUGUGGUUCUUGCCUGCGGUGUUAUACCUGGGACAGCUCUUUCUCUCCUGGGCUGCUGCCAGUCAGAAUAGCGGUACCGUGCUGAAUAGGCCAAGAGAUUUGAUGGCUUCAUAUAUCCCAGCUACCCUCUUCUUGGUCUACAUUCCAGAGUGCCUGUGGAUUUUGGGGUAGCUUUCUAGGGGUGCAACGUACAAGGGAAGAAGACGGAUCAAAAAGCUGUAAGAAAGGGGAAAUGGGACGAUGUAACUGUAUAGAAAAGGGGGGCAGGAAGCGGACUUUAUUCCUGGUGCGUUUCAGGGGUGCCUCUUUCCCAAGGAGUGUAAACACUGUAAAUUGAGGCUUUGAGCCAGGUGAAGUGAAGGCCUGCUUGAGUCCCAUUGGAAAUCUCGUCGAUUUCAAGGGUACUUAAGCUCCAGUUGCACUGGAGCCAAAGUUACUAUUUCUUGAUCUUUGAAUGCUUGCUGAAGUUGAACAGAUUACAAGUGGAUCGAGUCUGAUGGAAUGUAUGGAUUCUUUGAGAAGGAAUUCCUUGAAACGAGUUAGGGCACUAGGGGUGUUGUCUCUUUUUGGUCGCCACCCCACCCCCUUACACAGUUGUCAUCUGCGUUUGUCUUGAACAAACUGACAUGUCCAUCCCUUUCAGGACAGCAAGAGAAAACUAGGCUCUUGAUCUGACGUGACGAUUAAGCCUUCAUGGAUCCGUUCCAGUCUAUUUGCUGCAUUGGAGAUUUGCCUUGUCCUUCGUGCUUGGCAAUUAAGCAUCUAAAUGCAUCUCUCUCUCCCUCUCUCUUGCAGGGCAGUGCUUGCUGAAGGCCGAUGAGAAAGGUGUGCUCCUUGGGUUUACAAUGUAAGCUGUGUGCUUUGUGUUUUUGUAGUGUGGUUGUGUGUUGUAAUAUUUUCUAGCCUCCUGUAAUAGAGCUAGUCGCAGAGUCUUAGUCUACAAGACCCCCUCUACCUCUGCAUAGUCCAUCCCCUUGCCCAGUGCAAGCAGUAUAGAUCACCCCCAAUAGACAGCUGUUCAUCCUUAUAUGGACACAAGACGAGGCCUGCUGGAUCAGGCCAGUGGCCCAUCUAGACCAGCAUCCUGGUCUCACGGUGGCCAACCUGUUGCCUACAAGAAGGCUGCAAGCAGGAGCUGAGCACUCUGCACCUGCAAAUUCCAGAAAAUGGUAUUCAGAAACAUUACUGUCUUCUGUGUCUGGAGGUGGAGCAUAGCCACAGCAGCUGGUAGCCUUUGUUAGCCUUUUCCUCCAUGAAUUUGUCCAAUUCUCUUUGAAAGCUACCCAAGUUGGUGGCCAUCGUUGCCUCCCAUGGGAGCGAAUUCCAUAGUUUUAACUAUGCAGUGUGUGCCUCCACUUUGAAGAAUCUGCACCAUGGGAGAUGCUCACCACCUCUCUAGGGAAUCGGUCCCCUCGUCCAUCUGGCCUUGCCAUCAGGAAGCUGCUUCUAAUGUUCAAGCACAGUCUCCCCUCCUGCAGCCGAAGGCCAUUAGUUCUAGCUUCGUCCGCUGGGACAAGUCUAUUCUAGUAAAGUGAUUACAAUGAUGAAAUGGGAAUCUUUUGACUUGUAUUGUCAGUUUGCAGGCUGGCGUGUUAAGGUACUGUAAACAUGCUGAUUAUUAUUUUCAUCGGUUACCAUUAUUAUUAAUAGUAUUUUUAUUUUGUUUUUUACAGUAAGGGAUGGUUUAUAGGAGUCUUAUCUGUGCUGCUUCUGGUUAGCGCCGUGUUCAACAUAAAGCACUUUUGCUGCAGCAGCCCCGCAGGCCGACAGAACUUCUCCAGGCGUCCCAACAGUUCCCACUAUGAACCGUUAUGGAAGUCAAACAGUUUUUCACUCGCAGCAGGAGAGAAUGAAGACUACACAGAAGACACAGAGACCUAACACAGACGGCUGUGAUCCUUUGAUGUGAGAACCAGCAGGACGCCCCAUCCAUCACUCUUGUGUGAUGGCACACUGUAGCAGAACCUUCCAGAAGGAACAAGUGGCUUCCAUGUAGAACUUGACUACUGCUCCCCUCAUUGGCCUUGCCUAGGGGCAACGGACCUUUUCCCAGUACAAGAGCCCAUAUUCCCAUCUGGAAACCACCAGCAGUGAGCAGGGCCUAAGGCGAAAGAGGGCAGAGCAGUUAACCCAAGUUUUACCUUUUUGUGUACUGUAGGCUAGUUUCCACAAACACACCUCUGUAUCCUCCAUUGUGCUAAGCAAGAGGGAAUAUCAGAGUUAAAGGACACAUUUCAGCUGGCAAAAGAAACAUCUGGGGAAGUGUGGGGCUUUGGGAAAGGGGUUGCGCUGUGAGGAGGGUCCUGAGGGACAGAUAAGAGAGGGAUAGAUUUGGCCUCCAGGCCUGAGGUUCUCCACCUUGGACCCAUCCUUUCCAAAAUGAGGCACUGCCCUUCCAGAUGUUUUAGGUUGGGGAAAGAAGUCUAGAAGCUGCUGGGGCUGGCCUUGACCUCUCUGCUGCUCCAGUAAAGGACUUCAAAUAGAAUCCUCUGCACAUAAAAACAACCACCACAUUACAGUAUGGACUCCAGCUCCCAUCACUCUCAGCCACCAUGGCUGAUGGUCACAGAUGAGGCAAGAUGUAGCCCAGUAACAGCAAAAGGGCUGGAGGUUCCCCACCUGUGAUGUGUCAUGAGCCAAAAUGGCUUUCAAAAAGAGGAGCAACUACCAGUGUUUCCUUGCUGAGAACAGGUGGAUGUAGCCAAAGUGCAGAGUGGGGCUGUUUAAAAGCCUUCUUGCAAACACCCCUGUGCUGUUUUGCAGAGGCUGCUGCCUUCCUCUCUUUCCCGUGCCCCCUUGACAGCCUGGAUUCAGCCAAAGCCUGUAUGCCUCUGCCCCAAUCCCAAUUGCUAUGGGAUCCAGGCUUGGGCCGGAUCCAGGGCUGUCAAGGGGCAGGAGAAGAUUCUGGGUACAUCCUUACUAAUUUCUUUAAGUGGUGGUUGCAGCUUUCGCUGGGAAGACUAAUGGGCUGCUACAAAAAUAAUGUUAAACCCUACUUAAAAUUAACUGGCUUGAUGCAAAUGAGCAGUGUGCUGGUUCACAGUGCUCAUUGCUUGUUCUUGUAUUGCUCCAGUCUGUGCUAUGCUGGGGGGAGACGUACCAGAGCCUGGUUCAGCAUCACAUGUUGAGAAAGUGCUAAAAGAAUUAAUAAUGAAAAGGGCUUCACUGUGAGGAAUUUUACUUCCAACUCUGGUUAUCAGAGUGCUUGACUCUUAACGCCUUAAGUAUGAUGGCCUAAGUUAGGCCUAUAGCAUACGAUCUUAUGACAAGUUUUUUAGUAAUAUAUUUUGUAAAAUGUAGCUGCGGGUGGGAUUGCCUUCCGAUAAUUUAUUUUAAAGCAGAAAUUAAGCCUGUCUCGGCCUGAAUACACAAACCACUUUUCCUUUCUGUUGCACUUUGCCUCUUCCUUCGUAAUGCCAGGGGUCUUUGGCAGCCCAUGUGAAAUGUUGUGCCAUAUUUUAAAUUGUGUGUUUUGUUAGCUUCAAAAGUUGAAGAACAAUUGCAGCAACCAUCCAUGUUUGGUGCAGGGAUAUACUUUUUAUACAAUCAGGACGAUAUACUUUUUACACAAUAAAGUGACAUUUUUUCCUCUUGA